UUGUGUUAGUAUUGCAUCAGUUACUACAUUUAUAUCUUCCUUUUUAGAGGCAUUGGAGAUUGUUUCCUAUUGUUUGUUGAGACUCCAUUCAUUUACUGGUAAUACAACUACCUAGCUGAAGUCAAGUCUACCUAGCUUAACAAUCCUUUACAUGAUGCAAGCAGACCACUCAAUUAUAUCAUUAGAUAGUAAUACCAAAUAAGUUUAUAUUUGCUUUGCUCCUGUAAGUUUUAUUGGAAGCAUUUCAGGGGCAAGAGAGGUAUAACUUGUGACUAAAGGAAAAAUCGGACAUGCAUAAUGAUAUAUUGAAGCUGAUAUAACCUUCUUAAGAAAAACUAAAAACUGGAGGGUCCUCAUAUCUCUGCUUGUAUAGAGAACGUGGAUUAAAAAAAAGGAGAAUUAAUUCAUAAACUAGCCUAAUUAGAUGGGCCUAAGCACUCUCUCUCUCUUAGUGUGUGUGCACGCCUGCAUGAGUGUACAUGAGUGUGUGACAAUAUAGGACUGAUGCCAUUGCCCAGGUUGAUCUCUUUCUUGGGUGUGAAAGGAUCUCUUGGUUAGUGGUCUCAUCUUUUGAGCUCACUGCAGCACCUUGUUUUUAUUACCUUUUAUUUUAAUGAUAUUUUUGUUGCUGUUGCUAUGGUUAUUGUUUCUUUUCAUAUCAGUGUUAGCUUUCUGUUGGGGAAUUAUUCAAUCCCUGACUGCGAAUCCACACUCAUCUCCUUUUCUUUGCACCUCGUUAUUUCAAGUUUGUGUUGGGGUGUCAGUGUUUUAUGAUUGCUAGUCCUUUUUGGACUUUGACAGAGGUGGGUCGGGUUAGGGGUUUUUGGUACCCUUGCUUUAGGCCCCAUUAAGGUUCCUACAAAGUAUGGGUAGAAUUGUUAUAAAAGACACAAUGUACAAAAAAUUUUUUAAAAUUUUAUUUUCAGUAUAAACUUAUGUAGAAAACAUGGUCUUGUGGCUGACAUGGAAUCUGCGGGUAUUCAUGUUAAUCUGUGAGCAAAUACAACGUGCUGCCUAUAAUCCACUUGUAUGGUUGCCAGCAUGUAAGAACCUGCUUCCUGAAUUGUUUCUCUUUCUCAUAGCCAUGAUAUGUUGGACUUAAGAAAAUGUAGGGGAUGUGUUGCGGUUUAAUUCCACUUAGAUAUCGAAAAUAUUUGGCAGACAAAUAUUCAUAUAGUUAUGUAUCAUUCGUGUAUUUCAAUGAUUGUAAAAUCUAAGCAUAUCAAAUAAAGUACUUUAGAACAAAAUACAGUAAACUUAUACAAGUUUGUAAGGAAGGUGUUACUGUAUAAGAUAUGAAUAAUUAUUUUUUUUUAUUCUGUAGCACUGAUAAUAUGGCAUACAGCACAUAAUUUAACAAUAUAGCAUGUGUGAGUAUUAUUAGCAAAUAAUAGUGAAUUAACUAACUUCUGUAAUACUGUUUAUUUUCACCCCAUUCACCCCCCCCUUUAUGCGUCCGGUCACUUAUGUGUGUGUAGUUAAAUAUAUUUAUUAGAGUAUUUCUUCUAUUCAGUACUUCAUAGUGGUGUAUCCAUCCAUGUUUUUCUAUCUAUCUGUUUGUCAAUCCAUCCUGUCUAUAUUUGGGUGCAUAUAUGUAGGUUUGUAGAUCUAAUUAUGUACUAUAUCUAAGUGUCUACUAGUCAAUCCAUCUAGCAGUCUAUAUAUAUAUAUAUAUAUAUAUAUCUAUAUAGUUGAAACAGCCUCUCGACAUUCUCGGGGUAAGGCUGCGUAGUUCUUGCCCUUCGGACCUCGCACAUCCAGGAGCCUCGUACACCGGGCAAUGAUGCCGUCGAUUUUCUGUUGCCUUUCUUAUACAAAUUAAUACGGCUUUUGAGGGAGUUUUUGAAUCCAAGUGGUUGGAAACAUUUCUGUAGAGAUUAAAGAGUUGGCAUAAAAGGAAUGCAUGGACAUAGCCCUGGAUCUGCUCUCUUAGUAAAUGCCGAGGUUGACUCCAUGGGAGGGGUCAUUGAUGGUGGAGUUGGUAUUGAUAGUAAAUUCUCUCCACACCGAGCAGCAAUUGAGAAGGCUCAGGCAGAGUUGAGGCAGGAGUAUGAUGUUCGUGAGGAGCGGAGAAGGGAGCUAGAAUUUCUGGAGAAAGGCGGUAAUCCCUUGGAUUUUAAAUCCAGGCCUGCAACCUCACUCAGUGUUCAAUCUACUUCUUUGACUGAUCAGCCUGCUGAGCAAUUUGUGACCAGUGAAGCGAAGGGUAGCUGUGCAUUGGCUGCCUCACCUCAUGGAGAUUCUGUUGACAGUAGUGGCAAGCCUGGGGUUCCUCCAAGUCGGGAGCCAAAUAGUGGUGAUAAUCUCUUGCUUUUUGAUGGUGAAAAUUAUCCACUUGAGGGAAAGAGAAAUUCUAAACAUACUGGCAGAAGAAAUAACAUUGCUCCAUCAGAACAAUCCUCUCAGUUAGAUGGGAACCAUAAUGCAAAGGAGUCUGAAGACUCGGUGAUGUUCCGCCUUGUGAAAAGUCAAGCAUAUGCUCGAAGGAAUAGGUCCAGAUCAAGCCGUGACAGUGCUUGGGCUUGCUCAACUGAUAUAGUUCCGCCUGCCGAUGGUAAUGGAUCUUCAAGUUUACCCUCUGCUCCCCAUGGUUCAAGGGAUGCAAAGGGGUCAAUAACCGAAGCAAAGGACCAAAAGGACCAUACUGUGCGUUCCAUUGCCAACUCAAAAUCAACAGGUCCAAACGGUAGUUUGGUUUCUAAGACCGUGGCUUCUGAUAAUCAGGCUGAUAUGGAAUUGGAUGCCGGGCAGGCUAUUAAGACAGCUACUGACCUGGCAGAAGUUAGUUUGCCGGCAGGCCCUGAAGUUACAGCUUCUAGAGACUUGCAUGAUGGCAAUGGUAAUCAGCAACUGCCAAUGGAUGAUGGUAAAAUUCCUGAAUCUGCUGCUUGUGUUUCUCCUGAUUUGGGUGAAAAGGGAGUUUCAGCUGGUCUUGCUUGCAAGUCUUCUACAGCUAUUGCAAAGACAGAGAAUCAUCCAAGCGUAGGUGAGCUCAAUGGGUUCGGCACUCCAAUUAGAGAUGAGAAAGACUUGCAAAACCAAGAUCAAAAUGGAGCUAUAGGCUUGAGUACAAAGGGGUUAGACUCAGAAUCCUCUAGCACUCAGAUUACCCAUAGCUUAGAUGGCAAUACUUCCAGUGAUCCUUGUCUGAAUAAAGUCCAUGCUAAUGGAAAUUCUAAAGAGCAGAAAUUAAUCUUUGGAGAGAGUCUUGCUACUGCCAAUGCCGAUUUGGUCAAACAAAAUAGUGAGACCAAAGCUGUUGAUGCUUUUGGUGCAAGUAAUUGUGUUCAUGAUUUUGUUGAGAAAAACCUCAGCAACAAUGUUUCUGAUGUCAAAUUUGAGGAAGAAAUAUAUGAUAGUAGAACUGGCUUGCAAAAUGAGGGGAGACCUCUCACCAACAUUGAGGGGAUGGAACCCAGUGACAAUGUUGGUUCAAAAACAGAGAAUAAGCUUGAUAAUUCAUUGGGUGAUAAUUCCAAUUUGAAAAAGGCUGGUUUCUCUCCUCAAGGUGGGCCUUCAAGCACUCCAGUUUCCUCCAAUUGUGAGCUUCUGGAUCCCAACUUCUGCGGCAGGGGCCUUUUAUCUGCCUCUGAGCCUCAAACUUGUACAGGGAACCAGCUAAAAGUGUUGAGCAAGGAACAUGAAGAUUUUAUUCUGAAAGAGGCACAUACAAUAGAAGCCAAGCGUAAGAGGAUUGCCGAGCUGUCUGUGGGAAAUUUGCCCUCUGGGUACAGAUGCAAGUCUCACUGGGACUUUGUCCUCGAGGAAAUGGCAUGGUUGGCAAAUGACUUCAUGCAGGAGCGUCUUUGGAAGAUCGCUGCAGCUGCCCAAAUGUGUCGUAUGGCUGCUUUUACUGGUCGGUUAAUGUUUAAUGAACAGAAUCUAUGUCAGAAGCAAAGAAAAUUAGCUCACAUCGUGGCGAAGUCUGUCAUGCAGUUCUGGCAUUCAGCUAAGACAUUUCUAAGCAGUAAUGAUCCAACCGUUGUGCUUAAAGAGUGGAAGGAAGCUUUAGUUGGAUCAAAAAAGGUUAAUGCGGGUAAAGCCAUCGAAGAUUGUGUUGGAGAACAUAAUAUGGAAACAAGCAAACAUACGGAAGAACAAAACCCUGGCCAGAGUCCCAGACUUGCAAUUCAGGGAUAUGCAGUGAGAUUCCUGAAAUGUAAUAGUUUCCAUGAUCUUGCUUUCCAAGCUGAAGCACCAGUAACUACUGACAGGAUAUCUGAUUUGGGCAUUCUGGAAAGGGAGGAACGUUCUUCUAGAGAAAGCCUUUUCUAUACUGUUCUCCCUGGUGCAAUGGAAGAGUACAGAAAGUCUAUAGAAUCUCAUUGGGCUCAGCAUGAGGUAAAAACUUGCAACAAUAUGCAACAAGAGGAAGUUGAGACAUCUAUGUAUGAUGCUUUAUCAGAGUUUGGAUCCAGAGAGAAUGCAUAUGAAGAGGAUGAAGGAGGAACUGGAACAUAUUAUUCUCCUGGAAACUUUCAAGGUAGAAAACCAUCAAAGUUCGUUCAGAAGAAGCAGAAAACGUUACUGAAAUCAUAUCCUCCAAGAUCAUAUGAAGUCAGAGCUGAUCCGUAUGGGCACUGUAUGGAAAAUAAACUAGCCACACAGCCAUCCUCAUUAAUGGGGAAAAGACCUAACAGUCUCGCUGUCGGUUCAAUUCCAACGAAGCGUAUGCGUACUGCAUCCAGACAGCGUGUUUUGUGUCCUUUUAGUGCUGCAGCUACUGGGAGUGUACAGAUUACUAACAAAACAGAUGUUUCAAGUGGAGACACUAGUUCUUUUCAGGAUGACCAAAGCACUCUACAUGGUGGAUCCCAGUUCAGGAAAGAAAUGGAGGUCGAGUCAACAGGAGAAUUCGGCAAGCAGUUACCUUCUGAUUAUACAGAUAUAUUAACGAAACCUAAAAAGAAGAAGAAAGCUAAGCAUCUAUUUUACAAGAACUCAUUGCAUUCAACAGAAGCUGGUGUUCUCUCUGGAAAAGGUGUUGCAUUUGAACAGAGAUGUCAGCUUGAUUCCAUGGUUCAAAGUGAACAGAGGGACCAUUCCAAAAAAAGAAUGGAGGGUCAUCAUUUUGAAUCUAAUGGAAACAAUGGUCUUUUUGGCCAACAUGUCGCGAAAAGGCCUAAGAUCAUGAAGCAAUUAGCAGAUACCUCUCCUGAGAACUUUGCACCAGUGACUGGGUCAAUUCCUUCUCCAGUGGCUUCCCAAAUGAGUAAUAUGUCCAAUCCAAAUAAGCUAAUGAAAAUGAUUGCUGGCCGGGAUCGGGGAAGGAAAGCCAAGGUGCUGAAGGUUCCUGCUGGGCAGUCAGGGUCAGGGAGUCCAUGGUCACUAUUUGAAGAUCAGGCACUUGUUGUCCUUGUACAUGAUAUGGGUCCAAACUGGGAGCUUGUAAGUGACGCUAUCAACAGUACACUACAGUUCAAGUGCAUCUUUCGGAAACCAAAGGAGUGCAAAGAGCGUCACAAAAUUUUAAUGGAUAGGAAUGGUGGUGAUGGAGCUGAUAGUGCUGAAGAUUCAGGGUCAUCACAACCUUAUCCAUCUACUUUACCUGGCAUUCCAAAGGGCAGUGCCAGACAAUUGUUUCAACGUUUGCAGGGUCCUAUGGAAGAGGAUACUCUUAAGUCUCAUUUUGAGAAAAUCAUUUUGCUUGGUCAGCAAAUGCAUUCUCGUAGGAGCCAGAAUGAUAAUCAGGAACUGAAGCAAAUAGCACCAGUCCAUAAUUCUCAUAUUAUUGCCCUUUCGCAAGUCUGCCCUAAUAACUUGAAUGGAGGAACUCUAACGCCUCUUGAUCUUUGUGAUGCCACAACAUCUGGCCAAGAUGUUCAUUCCCUUGGAUACCAAGGGUGUCAUAAUAGUGGUUUAGCGAUUACAAAUCAGGGUUCUGUUGCAUCAGUUCUCCCAACUUCUGGAGCAAAUACCAUGCUGCAAGGGUCUUCUGGUAUGACUCUUGGCAACAGCCUGCCAUCACCAUCUUCUGGCCUGAGUGCUCCUACGAGAUAUGGUGCUCCAAGACCAGCAUCUCUACCAGUUGAUGAACAACAAAGAAUUCAUCAAAUGCUAUCUGGUAGAAACGUCCAGCAGCCUGGCAUGAGCGUUCCUGGGGCUAUGCCAGGCACAGAUCGUGGUGUUCGCAUGCUACCUGGUGGAAAUGGUAUGGGUAUAAUGUGUGGAAUGAAUAGAGGUAUGCCAAUGCCUCGACCAGGAUUUCAAGGAAUAGGUUCAGCAGCUAUGCUGAACUCCGGAAGUAUGCUCACCUCAAGUGGGGUGGGGAUGCCAAGCCCUGUAAAUAUGCACACUGGAGCUGUUUCUGCACAGGGAAGCUCUAUGCUUGGACCCUGUGAUGCUUUGCAUUUGAUGCGACCUGGUCAGAAUCCAGAGGAUCAGAGGCAGAUGAUGAUGCAAGAACUUCAGAUGCAGGUCACGCAAGGGAGCAGCCAAGGGGUGCCCCCUUACAAUGGGCUGAGUACUGCAUUCUCCAAUCAGACAAUCCCUCCAUCAGUUCAGACAUUUCCAGUCCAACAUCAGCAACAUCAGAUGCCCCCACAACAACCACAUGUGUUGCACCACCCUCGCCUCCAAGGAAACAGCCAUGCUACAAACCCACAACAGCAAGCCUAUAUUCUUCGCCUUGCUAAAGAGAGGCAGCUUCAGCAACGGUACUUGCAUCAGCAGCAGCAACAACACCAGUUUUCUGCCUCCAAUCCUUUGAUGCCGCAUCCCCAAUCACAGUCUCAACAUCCCAUAUCAUCUUCCAUGCAAAAUAGUUCUCAGAUUCAGAAACAGGUAUCCUCUCAGCCAGUAUCAAUGCCCCCUCCGAAUUCCGAGCAUCCCUUGACACCGUCUUCUCCAAUGAAUCCCAUCUCUUCGCAAUCCCAACAGAAACAUCACCUACAACCUCAUGGGCAUGGUCGGAACACUCAAGCUGGUGGUGUCAGCCUCCCAAAUCAGAUGAUGAAGCAGCGGCAGCGGCAGCAGCAGCAGCAACAACAGCAACAACUUCAACAGCCUGGCAGGCAUCCUCCUCAACAACGGCAACAGGCACAAUCGCAACAGCAAGCUAAACUUAUGAAGGGAUUGGGUAGAGGAAAUAUGAUGAUUCAUCAGAACCUUGCUAUUGAUCCCUCCCAUGUGAAUGGGUUUCCUACGACUACAGGAAAUCAAGUUGCUGAGAAGGGUGAGAAGGUCAUGCAUCUGAUGCAAGGACAGGGUUUAUAUCCUGGUGUAGGUUCCAAUUCCAUUCAACCUGGUAAACAGUUGAUACCCCAAUCUUCAAAUCAGUGCCAGCCACAGCAAAAGAUGUUUCCUCGUCCACCACCCCCUUCAUCGAAGCAGCUGUCACAGAUGCCUUCUCAUCCGGAUAAUUGCAAUCAAGGACAGGUCCCAUCAGUUUCCCCUGGUCAUAUAUUACCAUCCCAACAACCAGUUUCUUCACUGUCUAUGGCUUCUUCACAUCAGCAGCAGCAUUCGCAGCCACAGCAAAGACAGGGAGGUCAGCCACCACAUGCCAUCCAACGAAUGCUUCAACAGAGUCGGCAAAUGAGCUCUGAUCCCCCUCUGCAGUCUCCAGUUGAGCAUAUUCAAGUUACCCAGCAUACUGGGAACAAUGCAUUUCAGAUGGCUACCACCACAGCAAUGCCCCAGUCCUCUACUGAAUUGAGCAAUGUUGUACCUGUUGUUUCCUCUGCAAGCACUCCACAGUGGAAGGCACCAGAACCAUUAUAUGAUGCCGGUUCGCCAAAUGCAGCCACUAACUUGGCUGCUGUUGGAAACUCACCUCUGCCGAAUACUAUAGGAACCGAGUCCAUUUCCUCUCCUCGCCGAUCCCAGAGGCAAUUCUCAGGCAACAUGUCCAUUCAUGGACACAAUGUUGGGACACAGUGGCAGCAGCCACCACAACAACAGUCACAACCAUCUCCGCCACCACUAACACCUCCAGCACCGGCGCUAGCUCCCCCACAACAAACACAACCGAUGCAGCAGCAGCCACCAGCACACCCUGCACCAUCACCACCACCACCACCACAACCCCCAGCCCAACCCCCACAAUCAAACCCACCAUCCCAACAACACCAGCUGGAGCCACCCCAACGGCAGCAGCUACCUCAACUGCAGCAAUCUCAACAGCAGAAUCUGCCUGCUGGGGAGGGUGGUCUGCAUGCCAGGCAUACUGAUUCUGGAUCAGGAUGAAUAACUGCAGUGGUUGAGCAGUCCUCAGUGUAGUGGGUUGGUCUGGUUGGGCUUUUGCCCUGCAUGCCCAUGUAACAGCAAUGUACAGAUGGAGGCUGGUUACUUCCCGUCGGAAUGCUUUGUUGGAAGGAGUGUCCUGAUGUGGGUUUCACCGGUGUUGGAGGGAGGCAAUGUGGGUUAUUGUUUUUGGAAUCUUCUUGUUCUUCCUUGUACAUUACUAUUGAUAAAAGCAUCGGACAGAGGGUGACAAAGAGGUUCAUGUACAGGGGUCUCAUUCCUAUUUUUCUCUUUGUUACCUUUUAGCCCCGAGUUACCAUGUACAGGGGGAAGGGAGGGGGAGGGGGUCUUAGUUUAUUUCUGGCUCCCGCUAGUGUUUAAAUGUAUUAUUAUGUUUUUUGGAUUAAGCUGUUAGUGAUCAUUGUUCUGAGCAUAGCUUUUGUACAAGUAAAUGGGUUAUUUGUGUAAGAGAGUUCGAUGAGCCAAA